AUGUUCGUGACAAACCCAGACUCUUCACCCACAAGCAGCUUCACAGGGGCACCACCAAACUCCCCGAACGAUCAGCACCACAAAUUCCACCACAUCUCCGAACUCUCCGCCCUCCCAAGGUCUCCCGAAGAGCCCCUCACGCCACCGGACUCAGAUCCAUUCAAGCAACGAAUCGUCCACGAAGCCCUCCACCAGUACACCCUAACGCCUCUCCAAAUAAGCGAUGAGAGCAGCAUCCACCUCCUAGCAGAAUACAAACGGGAAAUCGCCCACCUCACCUCCCAGCGCUCCAUUGAUCGUCAAUCCAUCGCCAGACUAGAAGCGGAUCGCGACCGCAACRAGGACUACAACCAAAAGCGCGACAUGCGUCAAAGUUGGGUGACCAAGCAAUGGGCAAACGGCAUCGAAGAAAUCGCUCGGAAAGACCGAGACUUCGAAGAACUUCAAGAGAGCGAGAAGUUGCGGUUUGACGAGCAGACGGCAGAGUUUCGAGAGCUUGAAAGUGAGCUGCGGCAACAGAACGAAUCGCUGUUGGUGGCGCUAGGCCGUUUGGAAGGCAUUGUUCAGGAGCGUGGCGCUGGGGAGGAACGGGCGCGAGUCCGGAUCGCGGAUCUUGAGAUUGACAUGAGACGACUCUGGCAGGAGAAUGCAGCGAUGGCGCACUGCGUUGGUGCAUCUUCGCGGCGCGAACGGGAGAGCGAGAUCACGAGCCGAGCAACCGUCGAAGUUGCAAGAGCGGCAUUUGUUGAGCGCGAUAACGCCGAUGCCCGCAAUGAAGAACUUCGAGCAGCCAUCGCAAGGCAGGGAAAUCGCACUCUUAGAUUCUGGGGYUCGGCGGGGUCCCUAUUAGCGGCGUUAGUGAUGGUCGCAGUGGUGGUGGAAUCCUGUUAG